AUGAGCUCCCCUGACGAGGAGUCUGUCUUGGGUACGGGUUUCGACCCGGAGGGCGGGGAGCGGGCGGUCGUCUGCUCGGCCGGGCCCAGAGCCCUGCGGACAGCCGAUCUAGGUCCUGCUUUGGGGGCGCCGCGGAGCGGCGAGGGCGAGGGCGGGUUCCUAGAGCCCGAGGGCUUGGAGUCCGAGCGGCAUGUCAUGGACUCGGGAGGGCUGGUGCUCCGGAGCCGCCAAGGCGGACCCAGCUUCCCGGCCGACGACAGGGGCGCCGCGGUGGACUCCGCGUCCCGCCGGGCGCCGCGGUCUGCGGUAAACAUCGUGCAGCAGCUGACCGAGCGGGGCGUUUGGGGCGUCUGGAGAUACCGGUACCCUGAGAGCUGUGCCGCCCGAGGCUCCACCGUGUGGGCGGGCCCCGAGGCCGGUGCCGGUUUCCGAGGCGCUCCUGCCCCUAGCUGGGUGGCGUCGCAGCCCUCUUCCACCGCCCCUCUCCACUUCCGUGGGCCUGAGGGAAGCCGGGCCUGGGGGAACCCUGAAAGAGGCGGGAGGAGCAGGAUGGGCGGCCCUGUGGGUCGUGGGCAGCCCUCGGCGGGAGGCCCAGUCGAGCUGCCCUCCGACCCAGAGUCAUCAGACGAGGCCAGGGAGAUACAGCUGACAAGGAUGAGCUUUUACCCCAAAGAAGGCGGCCAAGCCAAGUCCAGUGGACCCGAGGAUCCCGGGGACCCACCCAGACGCUCCAGUUUCCCCGCCAGGGAGAAUUUACCCCACGUGCCGGGCUCUUUCCUGUCCUCCGCUGCCCAAGCAUUCACCUUGGCUGUGGAAAGGCAGACUGUUGGAGAGCUGGACUUAUCUUCCUCCCAGAAAGUAGAGUGUGUAUUCUGGCGCAAGAUGGGGAACAGGCCCAGCUACCAGGCAGCUGCCGCCGCUGCCACUGCCAGUGUCCUGUCCCGGGCCACUCCUUGGAAGAAGGCGGCCCUGGGGAAGAAAUGCCUGGGGGCUGCCUCACAGGUUGCCCAGGGGAGAACCUUUCCUUCCUGGGGGCAGAGAGGCUCGGCAGCUCCCCCGGACCCGGCCACGUUCCCGCCACUCUGUGGUGUCCCGCUGCUUGUGAGGCGCAAGAAGUAUCCCUUGGCCCCUGCGGGAACCAAGCAAUCCAAGCAGCCCGGCACUGGGGAGAAAUCUGUGGCCGGGAGGACAAUGGAGUCUCAGCCGGUGGAGGUGACAGGAGAAGAUAUUGACCCAAACAGCGACCCAGCCCCACAGGGCCAACCUCUAGCGCACAGACCAGAGCCAUGUAGUCCGUGCAUGCAUCGUGAAGAAGGCAGCAGUGGUGACCUCAACACCAGAGCUGCUCCCCAAGUUCCGGGAAACCCACAGUCCCUGGCCCCAAGCCAGGGAAAUACUGUACCUAGGGAGCCUGCACCCUCUGGUGACCAGGAACCACUUGACCGACCUCCAAGACCAGAAGGGCAGCAGCAACCACCUGGAGCAGAGGGCUGUCCUCGGUGUCUCGUGCUACAGAGAGAAAUAGACGACCUUAAAGAGCGCCUUGCCGCUGUGCUGUCCAUGGCUGACAAGUCCCAGAGCCUUUGAAGUUGAGCCCAGCACCUUCCUACAAGAGAAGCAGCUGGUGCCUUUGGAGCCCUGGAGCUGCGGCCAAGCUGGUUCCCUCCUGUUCUCCCUCAGCCUGGGCUUCCGCCCCUUCUUUUGCCCUCUCCCCACCCCA